UUCUGAUUCAGUCUGUUACCGAAAACUUGAUUGAAAAGUUCAAAAACUUAAAUUAUCCAAAAAAAUAGUGAAAUUAAAAAUUCUUAAAAUUCACAAAAAAAACUAAAAAGCAUAAAAAAAAUGACGAAACAAGAAAUUUUUGUCUUCCCAGACGAGGAAGAAGCAUCAAAAAAAAUGCAACGAAAGGCAAAGGAAUCUCCAUUUAUGAUUAUUGGUCUUACUGGUCUUAUCGGUGCUUUGGGCUACUCAGCUUACAGAUUCAAGAACCGUGGAGGCAUGUCAACGUCAGUUUACUUAAUGCAAACUCGUGUCGCCGCACAAGGAGCAGUUGUGAGUUGCCUGGCUCUCGGUGUUGCAUACACAAUGUUCAACAAUUACGUACUGCACAGAGGCGAGGAUGACAAGUAGAUUCAUCCAUCAUGUCUCAGCUGAUUUAAUUAGAAUUAAAGAAUUAAUGUUAGGACAAAAAUAAAAUAUUUUUGAGUGAAAAAAAAUGAAUGGCAACUGAUUAAGGUUAUGUUGUGAAUUAUUGUUGCUGCCUAUGUGUAAAGCAAAUUCCAAGUACCUCACCAAACUGCUGUUAUUGAAUCAUAUUAAGCUGUAUGGAGCUAUAAACUGUCAAACUCAAUGAUUAUAUUUUAGAAUUUUUGAAAUUUUUUGUCAAAUUUAUCUCAGAUUAAUUUUUGUUUUUAAAAAAAUAUUGUUUUGAGUACUGAAAUAACUUUGAUCUUGUAUGGACUAAGUGGAGUGUUUAGAUUGCUCAUUUGUGGCUAGUUGUUCAUCAAUAUUAAGAUGCUUUUGAAGAGUUUUAAGCGAAAAUUGGACAUUCUGAGGUCAAUUUUCUAGGCAGGGGUUCUUAUAAGUUCUCCAGUGUCCUAUACAAGGCAGAACAAUACACACUAUAAUCCAGUGGUGGCCAACCAAUGUGCCGCGGAAAAA